CACCAUGCCUGCGGACGCCCCGGGGACGGCCCGGAACGCGGCGGAGCACCGAAAGGACAUAGAUGGAGUGCUGGCCCCCAAGCCAAGGAGGUGGGGGGCACCCCAGGGACUGGGCAGGGUAGUGGCAGCGUGUGCUGGCCUGUGGCCAGGACCUGUGCCUGUGAAGAUCCCACCUGGCCUCAGGCUCUGCUGCUCAAGUGCCUUUCCUGACCUGAAAUGGAAAAUUUCCAGUAUAGCAUCCAGCUGAGUGACCAGGACUGGGCUGAGUUUUCAGCUGCAACUGAAGAGUGUGGCCUCCCGCAGGCCAGCCUGGCCUCUGGGGAUGAGCUCUUGUCCAGUGACAUUGACCAAGGGGACAGCAGUGGCCACAGUCCCUCUGGGCCUCCACCCCUUCUCGAGGGGCAGCCGGCUCCUGGGGGGAGGGGCUGGCCUGGUAUCAAGAAGGAGGACAAGGCAGCUACCCGGCCGCUGGUCAGCAGGUUUGGGCUUGAGCCUGUCUUGGCCCUGGAGGCUGAUCAGCAGAUGCCCAGCACGUCCGCACAGUCAGGAGCUUUGCUGUCCCUCCAAUCCGACACCGCCUCUCUAGAGCAGAGCUCAUCGCUCCUAGGGCCGGUGUCUUCCGGAGACGAGAUGCAGAGGCUUCUGCAGGGGCCAGCCCCCCGGGACCCUGGCCCUAGUCCCCCUGGGGAGCCUCCUCAGAGCCCCGAAUCUCCUGGCUGCACCACUGCUCCCCAGAGGCCCCCCGGAAGUCCUGGAGCCCCGCCACGCAGCCCUGGCCGAAAGAAGAGGCACGCUGCUGGAGCCAGGGGGGGCAGGUGCUCGAGUACCCCAGGCUCUGCUCCCACCCAGCUGGGUUCCCUGUUGCUUGCUGAGGUCAGGCCCAAGGAGGGCCUUGGUCUGUCUGGGUCCAGGGGGAAGGAUCUCUCAGCUGGAACAGCAGAGCGGACAGCAGACACCAGGCAGAAUGAACUGAGUCCAGAGUCUGUAGGAGCCCCUGUGCAGAUGACCAGGCAAGAAACAGAUUUGGAUCUGUCUACACCAGUCCCUACGAAUGAGCAAGGUACAGACCCACUCAGAAUGACCCCCAGAGCUGAGCCACACACCGUGUCCACACCUGCCCAGGAGACUCAUCCAGAUAUCGCAAUAGCUAAGUCAGAUGUGACUCUGUCUACACUCACCUCCAAGCUUCAACCUGACACACCUCUGUCUACACCUGCCUCCAAAUGUAGACUGGACAUGGACCUACCUGUGCUGGACCCAGUGGUUAAGCCAGAGAUGGACUCAUCUACACUUGCUCUGCCUCAGCUUGUUUCCAAGGCCCAAUCUGAUGUAGGUGUGUCUGCACCUGCUCCCAUCCCCCAGGCCAGGCCUGACUUGGUGGAGGUGGAGGUUGCCCCAGUGGCCAAGCUGUGUUUGAGCUCUGUUGUGUCUCCAGGACACCAAGAGAAGCCCAGAGAGGAGCCUUCAGCAGGUGCCCCUGGCCGUCGCUCAGGGGAGCCCCCACUAGGCUCUGUUCGAGCACCCAAGAAGAAGAAAGUGCGAUUUUCCAUGGCUGUGCCAGGCCCUGAGGAGCCAGGUCUGGGAGAGACCUCAGGCCCACCCUCACCAGCCACAGCCCGGCCCUCACCUCCCAGGGCAGCAGCCGGGGGCCGAGGGGGGCCUGGAGGCUGGGAUGCCACGGCGGUGGGGCCCCGGUCUCCCCAGCCUCGGAUCCUCAAACACCUGCCUCCCCCUACCCCCUCUGCCUCGGUGGGGCCUAGGCCCAGGAGCAGCUUUGCAGUGACCCUCCCAGAGGCCUACGAGUUCUUUUUUUGCGACACUAUUGAGGAGGAGGAUGAAGAUGCAGUGGAGGCAGCAGAAGCUGACCAGGCCUGCGAAGUACAGUGGCCGGACACGUGCGAGUUCUUCUUCCAGGACUGCCGAGCCCAGAGGUCAGGGCACUGGGGGGGCCAGUCUGUGGCCCAACCCCCACAAGCUGAGCCUGUGCCAGCCCGCCCACCUGGAGACCCUGUGCCCAUCUCCAUCCCUGAGGCCUAUGAACACUUCCUUGGGGAGGACGCAUCAGGGGGCAUGCUAGACCUGGCUGCCCUUCUCCAGCUGCAGGCCACAGAGCCCCCCCGGCUGGUCCCCUGGGGAGCGGGGCCUGGAACCUCACCAGAGCCUAGCCCAGUCACAGCAGAGCAGCUCAGUCUGGCAGUCCGGCAAGCAGGAGAGCCCCGAGGCCCUCUCACCUCAUUUGCCUUCAGCCAGGAUGACAUGUGCCUGGUGUUCGUAGCCUUUGCCACCUGGGCCGUGAGAACAUCAGAUCUGCAUGCCCCAGACGCCUGGAAAACAGUCUUGUUGGCCAAUAUCGGUACCAUCUCUGCCAUCCACUACUUCCGCCGGCAGGUGGGGCAGGGGCGCCGCAGCCGCAGCCGCAGCCGCAGCCGCAGCCCCAGCUCAUAGGACCCAGGCUUGGUCCAGGAAGACAGAGGACAAAGAAACGGCCACAGGGGCUCAGGACGAGGUGCUGCCCUCAGGUCUUGCCCUUUGAUCCCUGUGUUCUGUGGCGUCUGGGAAGGAGCCAGUGUCCUUGGUCCUGGCUCCCUUGGAUUCCACCCAAAGGUCUAGCCAGUGGCUGAGGCCAAGGGUGUGCUCCACACCUGGAAGGAGGGAGAUUCUGGAAGGCUGGGUGGGUAGGGCUGAGCAAGGAGCUGGUUAGUAAGGUGGCCAGAUUAGCAAAUAAAAACCUAGGGUGUCCAGCGAAACUUGCAUUUCACACAUGCAGUAUUUGAGAUUGUACCAAAUUAUGUGUGGCUUAUCUGAAAUCAAUGUAACUGGGCGUCCUCUACUUUAUGUGGCUCGCUGGGUGAGAAGCGGACACGGUGCUGGGGACUGGAAGGUGUCAGUGCGGCAGCAAGGCCCCAGCUGGGAAUCCGGGCAGCGGGUGAGGGUGAGGAUACUGGGUGGCCUUCAGGUGGAGGGGGGUGUCCCGGAGACUAUCUGCCCUGUUGACAAGUGGGCUGGUGUAGUGAAAACCUCUGAGGCCUCUUUGACCCCUGAACCCCAGGGGCUUGUGGCCAAGGGCUUCUCGGCUCCUGCCUACGCCAGUGAGCAGGGACCCAUAGGGGCCUCCGGGGGUCAGCCCCAGCGGGGGGCGGGGGGUCCUACAGGGCAGAGGCUGGAGCCCCUCCUCUGGGGAACCCUGGACGAGGUGCAGAGGCAGAAUAUGGUGGUGUCAGAUAAAGGCACUGAACAUUUGGGGUUGUCCCAGGGCUUUGAGGAGCCAGAGAUGGGGCAGGAAGGUGGGUCGGAGGCUGGUGGUGGCAGAGCAAUGAAGGCUACCAGGCUGGGUGCCGGGUGGGUGUGUGCACUGGGUCCCCAGGACAGGGGACUUCUGGCUGCUGAGUGGAAGACGCGGGGACACGUAGCGGAAAUAAAAUCUCUAUCUUUCUUGUUUA